GUUGUUUGUUUACAGCUGUGACUGGAUGUUGUUGUUAAUAAAGUGUGACUGAAUGUUGUGUGUUUACAGGUGUGACUGGAUGUUGUUGUUGAACAGGUGUGACAGGUACAACAACUUAAAGUUUGAAAGACAGAAAGUCAUGAUGCGUUCAAUACCGGCUGCAAGUGUCGGACAAGAAGCCAGUUUGGUUUACUGCACGAAGUUUGCUUAUUAGACGACAAGGUGGAUUAUUUGUGUGAAAGUGCUGGAAUCCUUGUCGUGUGAUUUUAAAUAAGUAAUAUGAGUAAACCGCCAACUACGGAGCUAAAGGUUGGUUGUGAUAUUUAAAGUUAGUGCGUAGCAGGAAGUAAAGGAAGCCCAACAUCGCUAAUAUCCGAGCUGCUCCUGAACGCACCGCGCUGACAGCGGCACAGAACAGAAGCAGAAGAUUCUUCACUAAAAGUCAACUUUUCCACUUCAUCAACACCUUGCACACCUUGGACAGGUGUCACCAUGUUUCUGCUCAGCAUCUACCUUCUCUUGGCAGCUGCGGAGCGCGACAACUGUGAUGAGCACUCUCUGAGCUACAUCUACACGGCGGUGUCUGAGGGGGCGGUGCUGGCGGGGUCGCAGGAGUUCACGGCGAUGGGCGUGUUGGACGGUCACGUGAUCGAUUACUACGACAGCGUUGCCAUGGUGAAGGUGGCCAAGCAGGCGUGGAUGCGACACCACCUGAGCGCCACCUACUGGCAGCGAGGCAGCGAGACCAGGCGGAGCAAGCAGCGCUGGUUCAAGGUCAACAUGGACAUCGUCCUGCAGCGCCUCAGACACAACAGCUCAGGCCUGCACGUCCUGCAGUGGCUGCACGGUUGUCACGGCGACCUGCGGCCCGACGGCAGCGUGGAGUUCCGGCGCGGCAUCGACCGCUUCAGCUACGACGGACGCAACUUCCUGUCCUUCGACUACGAGCAGGCGGUGUGGGUGGCCACCUCCGACGCGGCGCUGGAGACCAAGAGGAAGUGGGACCAGGUGCACCUGCUGAAGGACUACACCCGCGCCUACCUGGACAAGGAGUGCGUCACCUGGAUGAGUCACUUCCUCCAGUACCAGCGGGACGGCGUGGAGCGAGCGAAGCCGCCCGCCCUCUUCCUGUUCGCCAGGAAGUCGCACCUGGCCGACAACCUGCUGCUCACCUGCUUGGCCACGGGCUUCUACCACAGGGACGCCAUCUUGGAGAUCCAGCGCGACCGCCGCACCCUCACCUGGGAGGACGGCGUGACGUCUUCGGGCGUGCGGCCCAACGAGGACUCCACCUUCCAGAGGCGGGACAGCGUGGAGGUGUUGAGGAGCGACGCGGCCGCCUUCACCUGCACGCUCCGCCAUCCUGCGUCCGGUCUCAGCGUGGACGCGCUUUGGGAUGGCGCCCCCGGCCACCGAGGACUCAGCGGCUUCGCCAUCGCCGCCGUCGUCUCCGUCGCCGUUUGUAUGUUGCUGAUGCUGCUGGUCUGCUGGCGCCGCUGCAGGACGACCAAGCGGGAGGAGUCAGCAGGUGUGCUUCGCCAUCUGUCAUCAAGUAAAACACCAGGCCCCUCACCUACCCACUCGCAGGACUCGAGCCUGGACUCGGGCUUUGACUUGGGCGUGGACUCGGACGUGGACUUGGGCGUGGACUCGGGCAUUGACGCGCCGCCGCAGGAAGUACAAGCCCAUCCUACCUGUCCCGGUGCCGCUGCAGAGGACACGCCCACCGCUGCCCACCUGCAGGAACCACCUGCUCUUCCCGCCGAGGCACCUGAGUCAGCUCAGCUGCUGACCCCGGACUCACUGGCUUGACCUUCCACCUGUGACAUCAUCCAUGUGGGCGUGGCCACGUCAGACUCCCUGCUGUUCAUGAUGAAAUAAAUACUUUUGUGUUUCCAUGGUAA